AUGGGUCGAUCAAGAUCAAGAAGUAAAUCGCCAAGGCGUCAUCACAAGAGUAGUAAACAUUCGAGAAAGAAGAGCCGAUCCAAGGACCGAUCCUCAUCACGCAGCAGGAACUCUAAACAUGCCGAAAAAUCGAGAGAAAGGAGCUCCAAAUCUAGAAAAAGAUCGCACUCAGUUUCGUCUUCUAGUAGUAGCGAUGGCUCUUACGAGGGUAGUAGAAGCCAUAGGAAGAAGUCCAAAGGACGCAGCAAGAUGGAUGAAGUUGACAGAUUAGCAGAAAUGGAAAGACAGAGAAGAAUAAGGGAAGCUGAACAGAAGGUGGUAGAAGAAGAAGCAGCAAAAAGAAUAGAGUUGCUUGUGAAAAAAAGAGUGGAAGAGGAAUUAGAAAAACGAAAAGAAGAAAUUGAACAGGAAGUUGCAAAAAGAGUUGAAGAAGCUAAAAGGAAGAUGGAGAAAGAAAUGAUGGAGGAACUUGAGAGACAAAGAGAGCAACAGCGUCGGGAGGAACUCGCAAGACAGGAGGAAGAAGCUCGUAAAAGGAAAGAGCUGGAGGAAAUCAUGGCAGAAAAUAAUAAAAAGAUUGAAGAAGCUCAGCGCAAGUUGGCUGAGGAGCGGCUAGCUAUGAUAGAAGAACAAAGAAAAAUGGAUGAAGAGAGGCAGAAAUUGAAAAAAGAACAAGAAAAGAGAGUAAAAGAGGAACAAAGAAAAAUAUUGGGCAAGAACAAUUCAAGACCUAAAUUAUCCUUCUCGUUGAACCCACUGUCAUGA